CCGAGCGGAGGCUCACGGCGCCAUGGCCAGGAUCAGCGCCCUCUCGUCCACGCUGACCGACGACGUCAUGGCGGCGGUGCUGACACAGACGACGCCCCACGGCGAGACGGCGUCGGCGGCUGCUGUUGCUGCCGGUGUCAGCCUGGCGAGGAGGCCGUUCGACCUCCGCGCGCUGGUGAGGGACGCGGCCGCCGUGUCCGGGUGCCUCGCCCGCUGCAGGGGGAUCGGCUUCUCGCACCGGGCAGAGACGAGCUCUCUGCCCAGCGACUGCUGGGUGGUCGGCGACGACAGGCGUAAAAAGCUGUCACGGUUGUGCACGGCACCAAAAAAUCCACUUGUGUUCUCUGUUCUUGAGAGUUUGAGAGAUAGAGAGUUCGCCGGAGUAACAAUUCCGGUCGCCGGUGAGAAGUCCGGCUGA